AGUUUUCAGUGGAGAUUCAGUCAUGGCUGGGCAGAGUGAAGAAGACUACAGUCUUAAGGAAGUUGAAGUUUAUGUCAAAAAGCAUCAAGUUCAAAACGUUCUUAAAGAAUGUAUCAUACAAUUGUGUUUGGGUCGCCCAGAGAAGCCGUAUACUUUUUUGAAAGAGUAUUUUGAAAGGUUAGAAAAGGUAAAUGUUCCUCUACUCUUUUAUGACCAUUCUAAAUCCGUAUGA